CCCUAUCUAUCUUCGGCAUCCUUAGCACCGUCUGUCGCGGCAAGGAUAGAAGGCAGAGAAAUAGAGUUGUCCCGCAUUGAGACUGCUUUCGCUGAACUCCAACAGAAAUACGAUUUUGUGAUAGUGGAGGGUGUCGGCGGGAUUGCAGUGCCAAUCCGAGACGAUUUUCUCGUUGUUCAGCUCAUCCAGCAACUACAACUACCGAUACUCAUUGUCGCCACUGCGGGUUUAGGAACGCUAAACCACACACUCUUAACAGUCGCAUUCGCGCAACAGUUUAACAUCCAAAUCGCGGGUAUUGUCCUCAAUGGGCUCCGUUCAGAGAGUGCAGGACUCGCUGAAGCAACAAAUCCAGUCGAAAUCGAAAAGUUGACAGGCAUCCCGGUAAUUGGUGUUGUUCCAUACCAGAAACAGCUGGACACACCUUAUCCAGAUGUAACAUUUUUGGCAGAAUUUACGAACCAACACGUAGCAUGGAGGAAAUUAGGAAUACCCUAA